CUCCCAUCGGUUCACUACAGUAUAUCUCUUGGCUUUAUCGAUUCGCAUGUGAAUAUGAGGCUGGCAUCUCGGGCUAUCUACCUCGAAAAAUUCAGAUGAAUAAUCACGCAUUUGAUUGGAUGAUGCCUAGAGAUUUGAUCUUAGCCCGGAAUCGCAUUCCAGGAGAACUAGGAGAUGGCGCCGCAAAUCUUCGGUUUGAAGUUAAAGCCGAGCAAAUGGUUAGAGUUGAUGAUCAUGAAACCUGCCUUCAAGGUUAAGCCGAUAUUGUCGCAGUGGCUCCCCAAUCAGACAGCAGCGGUAGUAGAAGCGCUGAUUGUAUCUGGGAGAUUAAGUUUGUCUCGCACCUUUCUGACAGCCAUGUCUUACAAGCAUGCACAUAUGCCUACUUAUUGGGGUUAACACGUAUCAUGCUCUAUAACGUGCGAGAUGGAGAAAAAUGGGAAAUCAUACCGCAUGAUGGAAGAGGGGCUACGGCGUAUGUUCGAAAGAGUUCUAAGAGUCAAGUAUACGACUACGGGACAGAUGAAUGAUAAGGAGUUCACUGAGAUGUGC